UUUAAGAAGUUAUAAGGCAUAGAAAGAUUUUACACAAUGUGACAUUAGUGCAGAAUGUGAUUUAUACUACUAUAGUUAGGUGAGCUAAGGCUAAGCAGGGCCACAAGAGUUAUCUAUACAACCUACAUUUAAUGAUUAGAAGAACCUCAACCUUCCAAUAGAACCAGUUCAGCAGAACAGGCAGUAUUUAUUACAGCUUCAAUAGUUUUACAGGGCUAUUGGAUGAUUGUUUUUGCGUAAAAAAAUAAGCACUUUAUGUAUCUAUUCCAAAUUCUUAUGACUUCUUGAAAUGGGGGGACUAUUUCUACGCUCACGUGCUAACCGGAUGUUUGAAAGCUGUUAUUGCCAACAUGACUAGCUAAGUUAUAAAAUAUUAUCUUACAGUGUUGGGCUUUCACAAGGCAAUUCAGAGAAACAAGCUAGGUUUCCAUCCAAUUGGCGACAGAUUUUCAUGCAAUUAUUCUAAAAUCUGCAUAAAAACAAUAUGCGAUAAACACCUCCAGAGGUGUGUUUCCAUCAAAUUAACAGAUAAAAGGCUGUGCUUGAUGACGUAGUGCACAUCAAAUACCUUUUGCAGUUAAAUUCCCAUGUACAGAAUAAAAAAUACAAGUUAAAUGGGUUUCUAUCGAAUUUUCAACUCUACUGAUGGUUUUCUCAUCAAAAAAUGUUGCUAAAUAGAGAGUGUGCUCACUUGUAUUGGCGCAUGCGCUCUAGCCAAAAGCCCUGCAGGGGUCCCCAAACUACCACUCAGGCCCCCCUUCCAGCAUUGGGGAACACCCCAGGUGCCCAUGCACGCGUGCACACCACGUCUAUUUCAAUGGGCACAAGCACUGUUCAUGACCCAAACUGUUCAUGAUCCAAACUGUUCACACCCCUCUUGUUGGUGGAGAGAACAUUUUACAGUUUUAAAGCACAUUUUAUUGCAAUUCUUUUCAUUUUGCCAUGUCUAAUGUGUAUUCAUGUGAUAUUUGAGUGACUCACACAUUACAACAAAUUCUAUAGGCAAAAAAACCUAGCUAAAAAACGUUAGCUGACAUGAGCUAGUUGAUCUGAACAUUUCUGCCAAGUUAUAAAAGGCUCUUUAAUGACCAGUUCACAAGCUAAUCAGAACUAGGAAACUCUUUCCGACUUUUGAUUCCUUGUACGAGGCACGUGUAUAACUACAACCAGUUAGCUAGUCAGAACUGCCAGAGUUUCCUAGUUCCGACUAGUACAUGAACGUGGCAUAAGGUAUGCAAUGACUGACAUGACAAGAGGAAAACUGGGACCCCCGUGUCACCCCUAGUUUGGGAGCCACUGGGCUAGAGCGCAGGUAUAGGCUACACAUGAUUACAUUAUUAUUAUGGACAAAAGAGCUACAUUGUUUUUAUUUGUCAAACGGGCAGCCAAGCAUCAAUUAUCAUGUCACCAGAAUAAGACCCUGGAUAUUUAUUGGAAAGGAGCAUAAAGCCCUGUGAAGUUCAUCAUAAUUUAUUUCAUCUGUAGCCUAAUAAACUGCAUGCUUUCCCGACGAGUCGUAGUGUGAGGACCACACAACCUGUUUACUUCGAUAUGAUGGUUAGCCUAUUAUAUCAAUGUUUGCAAAUGAAAGCUUAUUAUAUCAAUGUUUGCACAUAAACGCGUUUCCACUGACAUUUCUCGUUUAAUUAAUUUUACCGACACAGAAAGAUCCCACCUUGUCUAGCGAAUUUUGUUUUGUCGACAUUUGGAAAGUUUGCCGAAAAAGUUCUGUUUCCAUCAGGUCUGUCAUAUUUUUUUAUCUAACAUACUUUACUGGCAUAAAAAGAUAGAAUGGAAACCUGUUUAAUUUUUUAUUUUGGUGCACAUAGAAAGGAGUCAUGAGUGCAUUCGGUUGCAUGUGCCCCAGCGAAUUUUCUUCACAAUAAUCAAACAGGCUCAUUCUGUUCAGAACAACUCAGGGUAUGAUCCAUGUCAUAUGUCAUAAACUGUAGUAUUGUACAUCAAACAUAGUGAUCAUAAAUGUGGACACUGUAUGACAGGAGUUUUAUGAUUUGGAAAUGUGAAGUUCAUGUGCACAUUUGGAAUCACGGAUGCUUGGCUUGCUUGUAUGACAUCAAAGCUGUAUUUAUUAUAAUCCUCAACGCCUCGUCUUUCAAAAUACAUAGAGUCAUCCUAAUUUACAGCAUUCCCUUCACUCAGACAAAGAAAAGUGCAAAAGUAGGUCUAGUCAAAAGUUUAGUACUUUGCACACAAUGACUAUCAAGCUUGUGACUCUACAAACUUGAUGGAUGCAUUUGCAGUUUAUUUAGGUUGUGUUUUGUCCAAUAGGAACACAUGAAUGACCAUAUCCCCUUAGUGCAGCAGCAAGACACUUUUGAAGGCAGUGAACACUGAACACUAAUUUCUGCUGCAGUGUUGACUCUGAGCUACAAGCAUUUUUGUCCCAUUUCGGCGUCUGUACAUUUCCAGGAAGUUCUAGGUAACGCGGUGCAUUCAUUCAGUCCUUUGCAUUUACGUCCCGUUUUCAGCUAGUAGAUCGAUAGAUAGUUUUAAAUAAUACUUUAUUAAAACUUGACUCUCAAAAAUGCGCAGAAGGAUAGACGGUCAAGAAGCCACUGGAGAUGCUAGGACAUAGAAAAAGACUGACAGACAGCCUCCAGGUUCAGGAGAGACCAGUCAACAACAACAACAUCGACCACAACAAGGGGCUAAAACGAGCAGAUACUGGUCGACUGUUACCUCAGUUGGAAAAUGUCUCCUCCUCAUCAUCCUCAUCCCUCCCUUUCUAAACUAUGCAUCAUUGCAAAGAGAGGGCCAACUGUUACUGCCAGAAGAUGGGGAAAUUAUAGAUAUCGGUUUAGGUCAAAAGAUGCACCUGAUGUGCAAAGGACAAGGACAGCCAGUUGUCAUACUGGAUGCCCCCACUGGUAUGUCCUCUGACAUCUGGUUCCAUGUACAAGAGAACAUUGCACUGCUAACCAAGGUGUGCACUUAUGACAGAGUGGGAUUGGGGUUCAGCAAAAGAGUCCUGCAGAAUGAAAGUACAAGGACGGAGAAAGUCUGGGGGAUGUCAACCACUGGACGAAUGGUGGACAACCUCCACCGCCUCAUCAGGUUAGCUGGUUUAGCCACGCCUCUCAUCCUGGUGGGGUCUGAACUGGGCACGCUCAACGCCAGGUUCUACAGCCAUAUCCAUGAUGUGCAGGUGUCAGACCUUGUCCUUAUUGAUCCCAUUCCAGAGGACAUCUUUGAGGAGGACCAGUGGCAGAAGUACUGGUACAGUCAGCUGGUGCCAUCCCUCCAAGCCAUGCAAUUCUCAGCUGCCACAGGCAUCCUUAUCAUUCUGGGGCUUCUAAAGCCCGCCAUCAUCGGGACAACAUCGCUGAAGACCUCAUACAGAGACAGAAGUACCUCCUCAGUAACCCAGCCCACCGGAGCAGUGCUGUAGAUGAACAGUUCUUCCUGAAUGAAAGUGCUUCUCAAGUCAGGGAAAUCUUCGAAUUCAAACCCCUCUCCAGUAGGACUUCUGUGAGUGUGAUUAUUGGGGAUUCUUUUGAUGAGCAAAUUCCUGCUCCUCUAAACCAAGUGGUGGCCCAGCUUCAGAAGACGUUACUGGAGCAGACUUACCCCUCGGCCAACCAGAUCCAUGUUAAAGGAGGGGACCGAAGGAUGAUCUACAAGAGGCCGUCUGUUGUUAGCAAACACCUGUCGAAGCUGGUGUCCCAACGGCAGUCCGAACAGCAGAGCCAAUGACCAUAGGGAUCUAUAGAAGACAUCUAGUUCAUAUGCUCUAAUUUCAAGGUUUGAAUUCUGUGCCAGUGACACACUGAUUCUGCUGCCAAAUGUCUCAACUACACUCACAACUGGAAGAUGAAGUCAUGUCACAGAGGUUCCUUGUUUCUUUUUUUCAGGGAUGAUUUUUGACUGGAAUAUACUUGACAUGUGCAUGUCCACACAUGAAACCGGUUUCAAUCGCUAGAUUUUUUUAUAUACUUUAUUACAAGUACAAAUAUCAGACAGUUUUGCCUUAAUGUUUGUAAAUAAAUAAAGUUUUCUGAAUUUGUA